CACCUGGCGCCCUGCUUCGACCUUGCCGGAGCUACAAUGGCCCGGAUUUCUCGGGGAAUCCCUUGCAAAAUUAAGAUGUUCAGCAGCUUCCUCCCUGAAGCGGAGAGGAACUUCCACGCCUCGGCCUGAGCACAUGCUGUCUGACCGCUGAAUUAUCUCCAGCAUUUCCCCGGUUUUAACCCUCUGCAAUGUCUUGCUUGGAAAUAAGAUGACCAAUCCCGGAUAGGAAGGAAAGCAAUGGGCGUUCUCUGCACGUUACCACUUUAAAGUUCUAGUUACGUGGAACACGUAGCGACUUGUUGGAGCAGCAGCUAUACCGAAGUAGGGUUCCUUAAAUUUCUAGGUUGUGUUGCCAGAAAUUGUAGAACAUUACGCGGAAGUUGCAGUAUUUGCAUUUAACGUAAAUUCUGCGGGAACUUCGAAAACUUCGAAAUCUUCACUAUAAACGCAUUAAGAAACUGUGACGACGCUGUUUUUAUUCGGACUUGAACUUACACGGACUAACUUCUGGCAAUCGAUUUCCACUCUGGGCUCGAGCUGUUAAAGACAACUUUUGUAAUUCCAAGUGAAAAGUUUCUACACAUUAUCUCACUUACCUCCUGCAGGGUAAAACAUGGGUCCAUCCGAUGAUGCAGUGGAGAGUAAUUCCAUGUCAGAGAACAACUCUGCAGAUGACAACAGCUUUGAGUUUAGGAUAUUGAUGGCCUAUGCCGAAAGGACUUUCUUGAUGGAUGAAAGGUCGAAAAAUAAAUCAUCGUCAUCCAAGAUAGGCAAAAGGAAAGCAAACCAGUCUGCAGGUGCCCGGGAUAAUGUGGAUCUACCACAUAAUGUUAGCCCGGAUGAACAUCCAAAGGUUGAACUAAAGGAAUCCACUGUAAUCCAUUCUGAUGAGAACAAGAAAAAUUCUGUUCGCAAAAGCAAAAGGAAACCCAAAUGGAAAAGACUGAUUCCAAGAUGUUUACGAGCAGCAACAUCAAAUCGUGAGGCCGAAGAAUAUGGAAAGAGUGAAGCGGUUGAGGCAGCAUUAAGAUCUUCGUGUGAAAUUGUUUUUCCUGAACCAGAACAUGUUUCAGAACUGGACCCUCAUGAGGUUGCUGAAAUGCUGCAAAAUGUUAUGAACACAACAGUUUCAUUUAGGAUGUUGCGUUCUCCCAGUUUGGAAGUGGAUAGACCAGAUGAUGAUCAGAAAACCAUAGACCGAAUUGUUGAGUUCUUGACUGCCAAAGGAGAUUCUAUUGAUGAAGAAAUUAAGAAGGACCCACAAUUUGCCAAACUGUUUAGUGAAAAGUCAUCCUUUUCAUUUUUCAAAAAAGUAAUGGAUUAUGCCCUUCAAGCAACCUUACCUGUGGAAAUGAAUUCGGAAGCAGAGAGUGAAGCAAAAGUAAAGUUGAACAAAUUUGCUUUGGUUGUACAUGCAACUACUAAGUUUGCUGUUGCUGGCAACCACCCAAUGGCUCGAAUCAUGGGCUUUGGAACAAAGUACUUACAGGAAAACUUCACUACCUGGGUCGUCGAAAAAGGAGGAUGGGAGCAGAUAAUUGAAGAGGAGUAUGUUGACUGACAGCCAGAUGCCCAAACAUGAAAGGAUGAUGCUGCCUUGCACUUCACCAGAGUUGUUUCUUGUAAUAUUGACUUGAGAUGAGAGCCAGGUGAUCAUGGUAUCAAGAUAUAGAAAUUCUUACUGCAUUUAUUCAGCUUUGGGAGUUGGGACACUUGGAAGACUCACUGGAAUCUGACAAGAUCUUACCUUUUUUGUCCAAUGAAAGUUCAGAGGGGUGAUGUUUUGUAAGAACAUGGCUCCAUUCCAAUUGCCUUUUGUUAUCUGCUCUUUCCUAAAACUGAUAAAUGGCAAGGAGCAGUUAUAAUGUGUAUGUGUGUAUCUAUGAUGGUGCGAACACGGAGAAUGAGCCAAUGAUGAAAAAUGAACUGUUCAAUCCAGGGAUAUUUUACCAUAUGGAAAAUUUCCUGAAUGGCUUAAGAUGAUCCCAAUUCUGAAAUUGUAUUUUGACUAGUUAGUUGUAGUCUGUUUUGUAGAUUAAUUCUGAUUUAAAAUAGAAACUUGCACUUUUAAAUAUAACUAAUUAGUCUGUUUUGUAGAUUAAUUCUGAUUUAAAAUAGAAACUAUAUAACUUUUAAAUAUAACUACUUUUUGAAGCUUGGGCCAUCCCAAAGCAAGUUAGAACUGCAGUCCUUGAGUAAUACAAGAACUUGACAUUGAGUGAAAGGAAGAGAAACACUAUCAUAAAGGUUGCAGUUCCAGGGCUAACUGUGAAACUUGAGAGAAAAAUCAGGUCUCAGUGUUCAAAGAAAGAUAUUUCCCACAUCAUUCUUUGGAAAUCAGAGACAAAUCUCUGAAAUGUGAACUCUUAACUAUCAGUUGAUGUACGGUGGAACCUACAUUAUUAUUAUUACCACCAGAAUAUUUUGUAGGACAAAGACAUGAAAAAUGCAGCUUUUAACUGCAUUUCAUCUCUCUUUUUUCAGGUGAACAAACUAAUUAAAAUGUUUCUUUUUGUGUAUGUCCAUAUACUGCUGUUUUAUGAUACCACAACUGGAGUCUGGCAAUAUUCUGUAUCCAUCAGAAGAAUGAAUUCUCUGUAACCUAUUUUCAUUGCUCAUGAAAUGUAAAUGCAGAAAAAUAAUCUAAUAUAAUUGCAGAUUUAAAUUUAAUGAACAUGUGAAAGGUCUUUUGUAAUUGAGAUUACGAAUCUUGGAACUGUUUACUACAAGUUAUUAAUGUUCAUGCAAAGCAGUGGAAAAUAAAAUCAGUAAUAUAAAGUUUGGAUAAAAUGUGAUUAUCUUUCUCAGUAAUCUCCACCUACAACUUAUUUUCCUCCAUUUUUGGCCUUUUUGCAUCAUUGACCUCCUCCAUCCUGCUGUUGGUGGCUAUGCCUUCACCCACUGAGGUACCAAAUUCUGUGAUUCUGUCCUACAGCACAAGUAAAUAUUGUUUGUGCACAACAAGUGUUAAUUUAAGACUCUUAUCUCUCUUUAAGGAUUGUGUCAUGUCACAAACUGGUCUCCAGGCUGCAAGAGUGUUUAUAGAAAGUUCUUGAGAUAAGCUUUUGGAUUUGUAGCUUUUCUAUUACCUGCUAAAUGGGACAAUCAAUGUAUUAAAAAAACAUUUGUAU